UUUAAAUUUACAAAAAAUUGUUGUGAUUUGUGAUGUGUAUGGUGAUUUCUGUUACGUUGGACCUGGUUGGUCCGCGUUGGACUUCUUUGCGGUGUUCGAUUUUAUUAGAAUAGUAAAAAAGAUCUAGAACAUCUAACCUAACAAUACUUUUGUUAGAAAUGAGCAAUAAAGCAAAACCAAAUCCUUGGAAGCAAAAUAACUCCAAUCAGAAACAGAAAAAAGUGUUGAAGGAUUCUACAAAUGUUGGACCUGGUUUAAGUGCUACAGCUGAACACAAAUUUAAAGAAGCUCAAGCUAAGUUACAGAAUGCGGUUAAGAAACAUAUUAAGGAUUACGAAUCAUCUUCUGAUGAAGAAGAUAUAGAUUCUACAGAUCUAAUUGAGAGUAUUCUUAAACAGUACUCUAAGACUGGUGGGACAAAUGACCAGAUUCUUAAAACACAAACAUUUAUUGAAGAAUCGGUUUUAUCAGGAGCAAUAACCUGCCUUAUAUGUAUCUCCAGAAUUAAAAGAGAUGAUCAGAUAUGGACAUGUAACAAUUGUUUUGGUGGAUUUCACUUAAAUUGCAUUCAAAGAUGGUCAAAGGAUACUGUUAUUCAAUUAAAACAAAGAAUAGAGGAUCAGACUUUGUCGACUGUAAAGUCUUUAUUCUGGUGCUGUCCAAAAUGUCGAUAUGAAUACAACCCAAACCAAAUUCCUGACAAAUACGUUUGUUUUUGUGGAAGAUCUGAAAACCCAAAGUAUCAACCGUUCUUAGUACCGCAUAGUUGUGGUGAACUAUGUCAAAAAGAGUUAAUACCUCGUUGUGGCCACAAGUGUCUUUUAUUAUGUCAUCCAGGACCAUGUCCACCAUGUCCUGUAACUGUCAAUGUUUCUUGUUAUUGUGGCUCGAAUGAACCCGUGACCAAAAGAUGCAGUUUAAGAGGAUGGUCAUGUGGCAAACCCUGUGCCAAAACCUUAUCCUGUAAUAAGCAUGCCUGUAGGGAGCCAUGUCACGAAGGUACUUGCAAGGACUGUUUAAAAAAGAGUAUACAAAAGUGUAUGUGUGGAGGACAACAGAAAUUAAGGGAUUGUAAUUCGCCCAUUUGGCAAUGUGAUAAGGUUUGCGAAAAACCUCUUGAUUGUGGUAAACACAAAUGCGAAAAUGUUUGUCAUGCGGGAGUUUGUGAUACAUGUCCUUUGACAAAACCAAGAACUUGUCCUUGUGGCAAGACAAAAUAUCAACUGCCUUGUACUGAAAGUACACCCACUUGUCCAGACACUUGUGGGAAAUUAUUGGAAUGUGGAAUACAUACUUGUAAUUUCAGAUGUCAUAAGGAUAAGUGUGGUUUGUGUUUAGAAAUGGUAACUAAGGCCUGCAGAUGUCAUCACCAUUUCAAAGAAAUUCAAUGUUGCAAGCAAUACCUGUGCGAAACAAAAUGUAAAAAAUUGAAAGAUUGCAAUAAACAUCCUUGCAACAGAAAGUGUUGUGAUGGGAACUGUCCACCGUGUGAAAAACCUUGUGGACAAACAUUGCAAUGUGGGAAUCACAAAUGCCCGUCUGUUUGUCACAGAGGUCCGUGUUUUCCUUGUCAGCAAACAAAUACACUGUCUUGCAGAUGUGGAGGUACUAAGAUUACAGUACCUUGUGGCAAAAGGCAUAAAGUAAAGCCACCAAAAUGCACUAAACCAUGCAAAAUACCUCCCAAUUGUCAUCACCAAAAGCGCGACAAUCACAAGUGUCACUUCGGUGACUGCCCAUCAUGUCGCCAAACUUGCAAAAAGUCCAGAUCGAGUUGCUCACAUUUGUGUACGGCAGUUUGUCACUCAUCGGUGGUCGUUAAAAUUGAGGCACAAAAGGCUACAAUGCCUUGGGAACAAACGUCUCCACAAUUUGAAAGAAAAUGCCUUCCGUGUCCAGAUUGCAAGGAACCCGUCAUGGUGACUUGUUUGGGAGAACAUGAGACAUCGCCAUGGCCUUGUCAUUUAGCAAAACCAUCAAACUGCGGCAGACCAUGCGGCAGAAUACUUCGAUGUACCAAUCAUACCUGUUCAUUGUCUUGUCACGUCGUUGAAUGCACCAGCGAUAAACUUUUGGCUGGAUCUAACUGUGAAUCGUGCGAAAAUCCAUGUUCGAAACCACGUCCAGAAGGGUGUGCGCAUUCCUGUCCGAAACCGUGUCAUCCGGAUGCAUGUCCACCGUGCAAACAAAUGCUGAGGAUAAAGUGCCAUUGUGGCCUUACCCAGCCUUAUGUGCCCUGUUCGAGUUGGCAAGAUGUCGAAAAAAGAGAGGAAUUGCAAAGUUGUGGCAAUCAGUGUCCUAAAAAUUAUCCUUGCGGCCAUCGCUGCAAGUCCAACUGUCAUUCUGGCCAGUGUCCUAAUCCAGAAUCGUGCAAGAAAAAAAUGAAAAUAACCUGUAAUUGCAAGAGAUUAAAGAAAGAAUUCCAGUGCGAGGCUAUUCGCAAUGGUUUAGCCAAAGCGGAGUGCGACGAAGUUUGCAAAGAGAAACAAGAAGAAGGGAGAAAGAAGAGACAAGCGGACGAAGCGAUAAGACUAAAAGAACAAGAAUUGAAAAAUAAAAAAGAAUUGGAAGAAUACGAGAAGAAACUGAUUGGAAAGAAGAAAUCCAAAGGAAAAAGGAUUAAUGAAGAAGUUGAAGAGAGUAGUUUCAUUGGGAAAUAUUGGAUAGUAAUAUUGUCCGUAUUUUUGGUUGUGACAUCGGUAGUUAUUUAUCAAGCACUUAGUUAGUUAGGUUAUUAGUUUAUUUAUACAGGGUUAUAAGUUUUUGUGAAAUUAAAUAAACACUUUGAAGUA